CUUUACAGCAUUACAGCAACAUUAUAGUUUACACUACGUUAAGUAGUUGGCACGUUCAGAUUUCAAUUAUUUAUUGAAUAUAUUUUGAAAAUUAUUUUUUAUAUAUAUUUUUCUAAAUUGUAAGAUACCUAGUACAUUUAAGAUUUUACAAUGAUAGAAACAUGUUCGAAGAAAUGCAUGUUGUUUGGCACAGUGUCAUUAGGAGUGCUUACAAUUGUUGUUCUUAUCUUAGAAUCACAACUUGCCAACACACUAUCAGGAAGUCAACGGAAAAAUAAGACUUUUCCAACUGAAAAUAAUUCAACAUGCUGGAUCAGUCAACCCUACACUGUUAUUAGUGAAUGCCAUCCUUGUUCAGAAUUUGAAAUAAGGAGCAAAAGUAUUGGUGUUUGCAUACACACCAAUUUUAAAGAAAUAUUGAAGUGUGAAAAUGGGGAAACUGUCACAAGAAGCUGUGACAGGGUUGCCUAUUUAGAAGAAAAGGCAUUUUGGAAAUUUACAAUUUGGUCAUUUUUGCUUGGUUCAGUCUCAUCAUUAUCUGUUAUGUUAAGGAAGAGAGUUUUAAAUCAUAGAGCAAAAAGGAGGGCAAGACAAGUUCUUAAUAUUUUAUUACAAACCGAUUGUAGGUGGUGGUAGGGAGUCUAAGCUGCACACAAAAAUACAAAGUUUAUGGGACAUGUUAAUCUCUGGAACUACUCGGCAGACUUUCAUGAAACUUUCACUCAUGCCUUCAGCAUAAUUUGGAGCAACAUUUAGGCUCCAUUUUAUGAAGUUAUGUAAGUUGGCAUACAAACAAGUUAGUUGGUUUACAAGGUUGGUUAACAAGAGGUUUGGACAACAUAAUAUAGGCAAUAUACAUGUCCACAUGGACAAUGUCACAGGCAGCGGCCAGUUUUAUUUUUUAUUUUAUUUAUUCGGGUCAACAAACAGUAGCAAGCAGUGCUUAGAAAAAAAUCAGUAAUAAUAUAAUACAGUAAUACUACAUACAUGCUACCCACUAUGUCAACCACAUAAUUAUUAAUUAAUACUUAAUUACAAAAGUUACAUGUAUGAAUAUAAGUGUAGAUAUAAAAAAUAUAUUCGUUUAGUUUUAUUCUUAUUAUUCUACAGGUUUAGUCUAAUAUAGUAAUAUUCUUCUUAAGAUAAUCCAUGACCAGCUUUUUGAAAGAGCCCACACGAGUGGAAAAAAUUUCAAUAUUGCCAAAGCACGCAUUAUAUGAGUGUGUCAUUCUCCAUAGUGGUGAGCGCUCGCCAGAAUUUGUACAACAUUUUAUAGUAGCAAAAAGUUUGUGUUUGAUUAUUGCGUACAUGACUUCUAACUGGUAUUUUGUAACAGAGUUUACGAGUUAAAGAAAUACAGUCGUAUUUAUUAUGGCACAGAUCAAAUAAGAGCAUAGCUUCAAGUUGUUUGCGCCUUGACUGCAAGUCAAGUAUACUAUAUUUUUCAAGAAGCUGGUCAUAAGGAAGGUAGCUUCCCGUACAUUUAUAGUGCAUCGUUCGUAAAAAAAAAUUCGGUACAGUUUCUAUUCUCUUAACAUAUUUAUUACAAUGGGGAUUGCAGAUACAAACAGCAUAUUUGAGUUGUGAGCGAACCAGUGAUUUAUACAAAUUUAGAUAUGUAGCAACUCUAUUGAAAUUAGUACCGGUCCGCAUUAUAAAUCCAUACAUUUUAAAAGCUUUAUUCACAAUGUUUUGUGUAUGUUUGUCUAAAUGUAACUUACUAUCCAAUGUUAUUCCGAGAUCUUUAAUAUUUGUCUGGACUCUCUCCAUAUUAAUAUAACAAUAUAAUCUGUUUUGAAGGGUGAAUAAAAUUAGUUGUUUGUUAUGAAAAUAAUAUUUUCAAUAAUUCACUUAUUACUUUAACAUUAACACUGUUACCUAACAAUCUAUAACAUUGUUUGUUUGUAAUAUUAUCUGGAAACUCAUAAUCAUUGGGAAAAGCCAUUAUAGCUAAAACUUCCUUUGGUGUAAAUAGCCUUAGUUUUAAAGACCUUAAGUUUUCAAUGAAUUCUGCACUACCAGGUGGGUAUCUAUUUGCCUCUUCAUAACAUUCUUUUACUUUAUCUAAACUUGCUUCAGUAAACACAGAUCCAGUACCAUCAAUGUAAUGUGAAUAUGCUUUGGUAAAACAGCACGACCUUCUGGAUUCUUUAUUGCAUAUAUCAAGUACUUUACCCCAUUUUAAAAACUUAUCUUGCAAAAUAAAUGAUUCCAAUUCA